UGAGCUAUCAUGGAGGAUCAGUAGGAGGACUGAGAGCAGCAGAGGAGCAGCCACCGCUCGGAUCCCCGGGGCUUUCUUUAUACAACUGUUCACCGCUCCUUUUCUUUCAUCCGCAUCACAUAUUCCAACAUGGACAUGAAAAAGAGGAUCACUUUAGAGCUGCGGAACCGGAACCCGGCGGAGAUUGUGGAGCUGGUCGUGGACAACAGUCGCUCUGCCGAUGGAGAGAUCGAAGGACUAACGGGAGAAUUCAAAGAGCUUGAGUUCCUCAGUAUGGUCAACGUGGGUCUGAGCUCCCUGACUAAGCUGCCCUCGCUGCCCAAGCUGCGUAAGUUUGAGCUGAGUGACAACAACCUGUCAGGGUCUCUGGAGACUCUUGCAGAAAAAUGCCCGAACCUGACCUACCUCAACCUGAGCGGGAACAAGAUCAAAGAGUUGAGCACCCUGGAGGCGCUGCAAAACUUGAAGAACCUGCAGAGCCUGGACCUAUUCAACUGUGAGAUCACGUCCCUGGAGGACUACAGGGAGAGCGUGUUCGAGCUCCUUCCUCAGGUCACUUACCUGGACGGCUUCGACCAGGAGGACAACGAGGCUCCGGACUCGGAGGUCGACGACGACGAUGAAGAUGCUGAGGAUGGGGCGGGGCCAACAGGAGUGUAUGAUGACGAUGAUGAGGAAGAGGAGGAUGAAGAGGGAUCAGAGGGAGGAGAGGUGGGGUUGAGCUUUCAGGUGAACCAGGGCAAUCAGGAAGACUACGAGGACGAGGACGACUACGCGGAGGAGGAAGAGGAACAGGCCGGCGCUCAGGGACAGAAGAGAAAGAGAGACGUGGAUGACGAAGGCGAGGAAGACGAUGACGACGAGGACGACUAGUCCGGCAGCGGACCGUCGUCUGUGUGCUGCCCUAUCCUGUCUCUGUCCGUCUCCGUCCUCCGGACCCAACCUCCACCAGACAGCCGUCACGGUGCUGUGUGCUGAGAUAGUUGCUUUCCGUUUGUAAUAGAUUCACUUGUUUAUUUUUAGAUAAUAUAUAAGAUUUACAGAGAAAGAUUUUAUCUGAACUUUAACUGUUGGUUCCAUCCGAAGACUCCACACGUUUCCCUUUAACAACUGGUUCAGGGUAAAAUGUUCCACCUGCCCACCACGGCCGCUCCUUCACAUCCUGAACACAUUGAAGCGUUUUCGCCGGACAGCUCAAGUUUGGCUCUUGGCUCGUCCUCUGGCUGCUGCAACUCCCGUUCGUAUAAAGCCACUCAUUAUGUCUUCAAGCACAGGAAACCAUCCAGAAAAGGCUCAUUCCUCUUUCAGAGCUUCAGAGGCGAGCUCUCUUCAGCCGGUACUAAAAGGCUUCCAGGCGUAGAACUCUGCCGGCGUCCGCAGCAGAGUCAAGAUUUUCUUUUUCUCCCUCCUUUUUAGUACAGCAGAAGAAGAGGAAACAUAUUGAUAUGAUAUAGGACGGUAACGACACAUGCAUCACGCUCUCCAUGUGGUUGGUGGAGACCAUAAACAAACCACUAGAGUCUGCCUACAGCACAAAGACCGUCCUCUCUGUCCUGCCGGUUUGGCUGCGUCCUAAAUGCAUUAACUGAACAAUCAUGUCAGAGUCCACCUCUGUUCCUGAACUCCACAGCCCCUCAGGUGUUUUUGUUAAAUAAUCUUGUAAACCCACUUAAGUGUGAAAGCAGCUGCAGAUUAAACAGGUUUUGUCGUGUGCGGUGCUUUUUUAAAAAAAAACCAUUUGGGUGCAUCCUGCGAGCUGGAAGUAUUGCAGACCAGUCCCAAGAGUUUUCCACACGUACAUGCCGUUCCAUUCAUAUUCAGGUAGGACGAGGAAGUCAGAAAGAAAACAUCAUCAUCUUAGUUGCAGACUGGCUCUGUUAAUGAUGUAUCUGUUCCAUGUAGACGACCACUAGUCAUGCAGUCUCCCGUAAAGAAGCAAGAAGUCAAUCACGUCCCAGAUCAGUGCAAGCAGUCUGUUGGGAUUGGCUGUAUGGAAAGGUCUGAAGAAGCUUCCUCUACUCUUGAAUAAGCCCUGAUAAAUCAGCACAGUCUGCUCCCUCCCUCCGUUGUGUCAUGACCUUUUUAUUCCUCCAAGUUCUUCUGUUUGACCUCCUUAAACAGCCGAGGCGUCCUCUUCUUCCAGAAACAGGAAGUGCUCGUAUUCUCAGGAGCCUCCACCCGAUGAUUUUUUUCUUCUUUCUUUGAAUUCCAGUGCUUGGAAUGAGAAUCAGCAUCAGCACCAAGUCCUGAUUAACACCUGCGCUGGUUCCCACUGCAGCCAUAUCAGUGUGUGGACUCUGGGACUGUUAACGGAGGACAGAACCGCCCCCUCAGGAGAAGCAGCCAGUCAGGGAAGUCCACCUUUUCAGUUGAGGAUCUCUAGGACUCUGCUCUUCCAACUCGUGGCUGUUCUAUCCGCGUGGUCCUGAUGCAGCUCAGGCCCACAGAGAUCCUCACCAUGAUACUCUUCCAUUGUGUGUUUCAUUUUAUUCGUAGUCAUUUUUUUUGUCGUUGUUGGGGGGUUAGCGGGUGGGUUGGACUUGGGUAUUAGCUGUGUAGCUUUCUUUUUGUUUGGUUUUUUGAUUUUUUUUUUUUUUUUUUUUGUUCUUUUUGUUUGUUUUUGGAUUAAUGUAUCUUUUUGCGUAGUGACUGUUGGUAUUUUUAGUUUAAUGAAAAACCGAGUGGUUCGUCCUCAAACUGGCCGUCCCUUAAAAACGCUCAGUCCGCCGUCGCAUCACAACCCAACAGUUGACCUUCCCUCGGGCCCGAGCUCGGGAUGUUUCCCCCGUUUAAUCACCAAGUCAGAAAUAUCAACGUUCUCAAGCAAAAACGAAAUUUAAAUGUUUAGGGUCAUGUGCUUUUCUUUCUUUGAUACAGCAACUACAAAGAGGAAGAAAAGAGAGAGACAAAAGCAAAACAUCCAAAAUAAACCAGCGGAAUUCUUAAAACCUAAGAAAAAAAAUAUCAAAAGAAAUUAUUGCAAAUCCCAAACUUGACUUCCCAAUUUUUGAAAUUUUGUAUUUAUAUUUAUAAGUCCUGUAAUUCAGUUUACAAUACGUUUAUGUACAAUAUCCCCCCUUUUAUACGUCUCAAAUGUGUCUGAGGACACGUCCAUGCAUCAGGGGUUAUAUUUCCUCUAACAAGCCUCUUUUAUCCCGGAAUAAACCUUGAGAUUUCCUCGGAUGUUUUGCUGAGACUGACUUCACAGUCAGUGGGAUGGAGGAAAGAAGAGACGAUGAGCUUCAAAAUAUAGAGGGAGCGUUUUACUUCCUUUAGCCGAGGUUUAUUAACUUGUGUAAUUCAGGUUUUGCUGCUCUACUUAGGUUUCUACGGCGGAUUUUAACAGUCUCCUUCUUCUACAGAAACUAGUGAGCUGCUACGUUCAGAUCAUCUUUUAAACACGUAGAAACACAAACAUCAUGAAAACACCAUCAGCAGCUCUAUGCACAGCCCAGACGUCUCAUGACCUGCUGUAAAUGUUGAGCUUUUCUCAAUGUUACAUUUCUGAAAACAACACACGGUUUUAAACGCACCUGUGUGCUGCUUUUAGCUGGAGAUCAUGUGUGAUCCACCUUCAGAUCCUUACUGACUUCAACUCAGGACUUGAGUCGGUUGUUGCGGAAAUAUUCAAAGCUGCCAGGUCCAUUGGGAUUUAUCUAAAUAAAUGCUAUAACAAAUGUUUUUAACAGUUUUUGGCACUUUUAUUGGAAAUAUUAAAACAACAGCCAUACAACCGACGAAUGUGAAGAUGUGAUGCAUUCAAAAACUCAAACUGCUAAUAUUAACAUAAAGGUGAGGCUUUGUUAUAUUUUCUACGAGUUUCUGUUUUCUAAAUAGAUUUUCACUUGAUGUAAAGUUACAAACGUUAAUGUUCGAAUCAGCGUCUCUGGAUCAUCCCCAUGAGAUUUAAAAUCUCUGGAUCCUGGUUUUAUUUGUAAAACAGUCAGUAGGUUUUAUAAUUAUUAACGGGGUUGUAAAUUGCACUCCAGAUUGUUUCUCAAUAGGAGGCCAGUGAAGGAUCUAAAAAUAAAAUAAGGAGGGGGAAAAACAGGCACAGGACAGUUUUAAACAGGUGUGUUGUUUUUGGAAGUGCGAAGGGGAAAUAAGCGUCUGCCAGCCCAGAUAAGGUCGUGGCUGAUGUCGUUUUUAAGACAAUACUGUAAAUAGUCUCCCAGCUCGGUUUCAGGUUGGUUUUUAUUUUUCACCAUUUUGAAUGUGUAUUUGGUUUGUUUUCUCCUGUGAGGUGAUAGUAAACCCUGCCUUUGAACUUAAUCCCGGCUCCUACAUCAGCUCUCCAUUAUUCCCUCUGUGGGGAAAAACAACUGUGUUUGACUUUUUGUGAUGUAACUAAAACAUGUUCAGGGGUUUUUAAAUAAAAUAUACAAAAUGAGAA